AACAUCAUAUAAGUGCUGAAAUACACUUAAAAAAACAAAUAAAUGCAAAUAGACCGUAAAUCGCGUUCCUGAUCAAUGCGAUUUACGUUCUAAAUUGAUAAGUGUGGUCGAAGGGUAUUUCCGUUAAUAUUAAUUGUUUUAGGGGCAAAAUGAUCGGCGUUUUACAACUCCGGUGGAAGAAACCGGCGAAUAUACCUCCAAAAGCUCCACUUUCAUUCGGACCAUUCAACUCCACGACCCAAACCCGGUGGAAAAAACCCGCAAACUCAGCCCAAACCCGCUUAGAAAACCGGGUCCGCGACCCGAAUCUCGACAACCUCGCAGCUCACUACCGGAGACUCAAGCUCAUCCUCAACCUCCACGACCUCGUAUCUGCUAAAAAGCGCGGUCCUUUUGUCUCUGUUCAGUUACUCUCUAAAUGGGCCCCACAUGCCGGAAUUACCACCAUUGCCGCCGGUGAUCUUUUCCGGAAAUAUCCUCAUAUCUUCGAGGUAUUUACACACCCUGUUAAGCGAAAUUUGUGUUGUAAGUUUAGGGACAAAUUUGUAAAUUUUCUUAAGGAAGAACAAGAUGUUGUGUUACAAAAUGAAGAGGAAAGUGUGAUGAGAAUAAGGAAGAUUUUAAUGAUGUCUGUUAAUGGUAGAGUACAUUUGCAUGCUCUUAGAUUAAUGAGGACUGAAUUGGGUUUGCCUGAAAACUUCAAGGACUUGAUAAUAAUUAAGUAUAAUCAAGUUUUUAGGAUGGUUGAUUUAGAAAUUAUUGAGUUAAUUCAUGGAAAUGGUGUUAGUGAGAGUUUUGGGGUGGCAAAGAUUGAAUCUUGGAGGAAGAAGGAGUAUGUUGAGAAAUGGUUGAGUGAAUUUGAGGUUAAAUAUGCAUUUCCUAUUGAUUUCCCUACAGGGUUUAAGAAAGAACCAGGUUUUAAGGAGAAGUUGAAGAAUUGGCAAAGGCUUCCUUAUGUUAAGCCUUACGAAAGAGAACGAACGACUGAAGCAACGGAACCAUCUUCAAGGUGUGAUGAGUUGAUAUCGAGGUCAGGAGUGAUUGGGAAGCGUGGUUUUGGAGGGGUUGAGCGGUAUGAGAAGCGAGCUGUGGCGGUCAUUCAUGAAGUUUUGAGCUUGACUGUUGAGAAGUCGGUGCCGGUUGAAAGGUUGGCACAUUUUAAGAAGGAUCUUGACAUUGUAGUUAAUAUACGUGAGCUGUUGUUGAAGCAUCCUGGGAUAUUUUACAUAUCGACUAAAGGGAUUACUGAGAUUGUUUUUCUUAGAGAGGCAUAUAGUAAAGGGCGUUUGAUUGAGCCGAAUCCUAUUUAUGAUUUGAGAAGAAAGAUGUUGGAGCUUAUCUUGUUGGGGAACCGGCAUACCAGAGAGUUGAGAACGGAAAGGGAACUGAAGGAUGAAACUAAAGACAUGACAGACGACGACAAUGGAUGGGAAAGCAGGGAGGGUGACUUUGUCAUUCCAAUUUUAGAGUGUUUUACUGAUCACGACGAAAAUGACAAUUUGAACUAGAAUGGUUACUUCUCUAAGGCACAGCUGAUUGACUUUCUGAGAUGGAAAUCGGCAGAGAGAGUGUAGGGAUGAUUGAAGAUCCUUUUCAAAUCCAGGCGACUGUGCAGAAACAACUGCCAUGUCAAUGUCAUAGAAUUGUGUCAGAUGUUUGAAGCAUAGCUCAAAAUCCCGACAGAAUCAAAGGUUGAAGUUUUGGCCUUACGAAGACUAGUUGGCAUAGGGCAUAAGCAUCGAACUAGGUUUGUUUUGCUGGCUGUUAUACAGUGGAUUUUGCUUCCACAAACUACGAUAGAGGAGCAAAUAUGCUCAAGCUGCUAGUCGUGCAGGCGUCGCAUGCCUCAAGAACAGUACAGGCUCAAGUUUGUUUCAACAAUUGCACAACUAGGGAGACCAUGAAGGCGUCGACGUCGACUUCUCUGAGACAAACUUCUUGGAUCUCAUGUACCAAUACAUCUCUUGACUAUCAACCAACAAUUUCAAACACUUGGUUAAUAUAUUUGUUAAAAAACUGACUCAUAUUCGUUAACAGUUGAGGUUAAAUAUAUUUUUCAGCAAACCAACUCACA